GGUGAGUUUUCAUUUGCUCUUUUAUUUUGUUUUAUGUUUGAAAGGAGAUUGGGUCUCUUUAAAAUAGUCCAGAUCAUUUAGAAAACCUUGGAGAUUUUAUUUGAAUGUCUUUAAAUUUCCAUAUCUCUACUCCUUUCAUUUUAGGAAGAAGAAUUAGAAGCCCAGAUUUCCUUCCUUCAAGGGCAGUUGAAUGACCUGGAUGCCAUGUGCAAAUACUGUGCAAAGGUGAUGGACACUCAUCUUGUAAAUAUUCAAGAUGUGAUAUUACAAGAAAAUUUGGAAAAAGAAGAUCAAAUUCUGGUUUCCCUGGCAGGAUUAAAACAGAUCAAAGACAUUCUAAAAGGUUCCCUGCGUUUCAACCAGAGCCAACUGGAAGCUGAAGAAAAUGAGCAGAUUACCAUCGCAGAUGACCACUACUGCUCCAGUGGCCAGGGCCAGAACGAACAAGUUCCUGGAUCCACCAAGCAGCCAACUCAAGAGUCUGGCACUACUGACCAAGCUGGGGAGAACUUGCAAACAAAAUGUUCAGAGAUGCUGAGUCAGCCAGGAUGGCAGCAGGUACAACAGGAGAUCAGAGUGAAGAAAGGCUUCUCACUUGAGCAGGCUUCUGCAGAAACUCCUGGGCUCCCAGACAGAGGGGGCUCUGAUGACUUCAUCCUGGUUUCAAAAGAAGAUGAGGGGGGCAGUGCCAAGGGGCACUUCUCAGGUCAGGCUCAGCCUCUUCGCACCCUCAAAAGCACAUCUGGGAAAAGCCGGACCCUGGCCUGCUCUCCUCUGGUGUUCUCAGAUCCCCUGAUGGGCCCAGCCUCAGCAUCCUCCAGCAACCCCAGCUCCAGCCCUGAUGACGACAGCAGCAAGGACUCUGGCUUCACCAUCGUGAGCCCCCUGGACAUCUGACCACAGGGACCCAGUCUCCCCUUCAGGGGCCUCCCUAGGGGAGACCCCUCUGAAACCAGUGCUGCUUCCCCAGCAUGCAUUUGGCAUUGGUACAGCCCAUUGGAACCCUUUAGAAAGAAGCAAAUACACCUAUGUUCACAAAAAUGCAGACAGGACUUUCUGGGCCCUUACCUGACCCCACCCCAAUUCUUGCUCUGAAUUAGAGCCAGACUAAGUACCCAGAACCAUACUCUGAGAAAAGACCAAGCCACAAUAUGAACCACUUUUCCCCAACUUCUCCUCCCCAACUGAGAGUGUCUGACAAUGCCAUCAGUUACCUUUAGGAGGAGGUGGACAGCUUCCCUCCCUCAAAGCAUCAGCCACCGGGAAAGUAGUUGAUAUCGAGAGUGCUUUCUCUGUAGAAAUCUGCCUCAUAUUACUUAGUUCCUACCUAGGGAAGCCAUAUAGCAGAGCCAAGUGCAAUAGAAUGAACUAGAACAAGGGAUUCCAGGACAUGGAAAAACCCAUUACUCAAUUACUGACCUCUCAAAGUUAUGAUUUCUAGAAACUGGGUCUAAAGUUAAAUUACACCAUACCUCAAAACAACUUUUAAGAUUCUUUUGAUUUGUUAAAGAAGACAUUUAAAAUCCUCAGACCUUAUAGUUCCUCCUUAAACAAUUACAUUUUACUUUUUAGAAUCUUUUACAGAAAACAAGGUCACUUUAAGCCAUCUUUACUAUACUGACUUCAUAAGUUGCAAGAGUAUUACUAUCCUUGAAUUAAAAAAAAAGUGACCCUGACUCUAAGGGAUACACAUCUUUCAGUCAAAGUGUCUCUGGUUUCAGAGCUGUAUUUUACUGAGAAGUAAAGGGGGAAAGCCUUGUUUAUUCCUAUCUAUAGUCAGAACCCCUUAGUGGCCUUAUGGUAGCAGUGACAGGGAAUUGGACCUGGAGUCCUUUCUCUAGGGAGCAGGGCUUCCUAGAGAACAUUCCAGGUGCUGGGAUGUUUCCUCCCUGGGAGGGAGGAAGGAAUUGCAGGGCCUGUGCUCAGCUAUGAACUCCUGUGUCCUGGGCACCACCACCAAGACCAGGUCUGACAGUAUAUACUGGUACUUUCCUGGGCUUCAACACAGAUUGGAGACCAGCUCCCUCAGCUGGCAGUUUAGGAACACACAGCAUCACCUAAGCUGUUUCUCUCUGUAAACGAAAAGGACCCAAGAAGGACACCUCUCCCCUGCACCUGAGCAGGUACUCUGCCAGGGACAAGUAGGGACUGCAGAUGGACAUGGGGCCUGUUUUGCUUCCCAGAGUAAAGAGCAGCCCUUGCAGGGAGGCCUGGCUCUCCUCAGCAGAUGGCAGUGGCAGUCUUCAUGGUAACUUUAAAUGAAAAGCUAAGUCUGAAAGAAGACUCCAUUUAUGUCCCUCCCACUGAUAACCAUAUAUUUCUCUACAGCAAAUGUAAUAAUGACAUGAUUUCCCACUCGAUCUCUAAGAAAAUGGUGAUGACUCUCAAGUCAGCUACUGCAGAGGUGGUUCUAAUUAGCUCUACAAUUUGCCCUUAAUUAACAGAAAUCCCCUCUCACCAGCAAUGUGAGGUUAAUGACUGGUUUGGCCAGAUGGUGGGGUGUCUGUCCUUCCAUGACUGGGCAACUGCUUAACAGUUGCACCAGUUAGCUCCCUGGUACCUGAGUCUGGUCCUCUCAGCACCUCUGAGUAAACUGUUCCGGGGCACGUCCCUGUGGCGACACUUUGUAAGCUCUAGGUCUUUGUGCAGUGGGCAGCCUCACACCUGUGCAGGGGUCACUUUCUCAUAAAGGACUUGGGAAGGUGUCAGAAGUUCAGUUCUAGGAAGUACAGAAUUGUCCUCUGCUCACUCCCACAUCUCCUUUGCCCUGGGAAAUAGAGGGAUAGCUGGGUGUCACUGGCCACACAAGAGCCACUGCCACCCACCAAGCCAAGAAGGUUCCCUGCAAUUGGCUGGGCAUUUAAUCAUCACCAGAAACUCUCAGCCCUGUACAUAUGCUAAGGGAGGGUCCUCUCCAUCCUGUACUUCUGUGCUGGUGCCACAGGAGCACUCGGAGGUGCUGCCUCUGUGAGCCCACUCCCUUCUCAAAGGAAACGUAGGAGGGGAGCCUGUAAUGCAGCACCAGCCUCAGACCCCACCCCACAGGUUCAGAGGUAGAGCAAUGUAGGAGUAGUGUUUUUUUUCUAAGUGACUUUUUUUAUUAUUAUUCUUUGGUGAACAUUAUUUGCAUUUUUUAUUAGUUACAGUGCUAAAGAAUGUGUUCCUUUUUAUUAUUUUAUCAGGUACUUACAUUUAUAUAUUUUUUUAAUCUUGGACAUAUGAGACCUUUUUGUUUUUCUUUACCAAUUGUGGUAAUCAAUGGAAUUCCUCGCAUGUUGUGAUUAUUAGCAGUUACAUUUUAUAUACAUUAAGCUUAGAUUAAUUCCCGCUGUCAUCCACUUUUUUUAUACAUGUCCCCAUGCAUUCCUCUCUAAUGAGAAAUGAAUUAAAAUUAUCUGUGCAUUACAGACUAGAGGAAGAAAAUCAGCUUACUUUGCCUUAUAUUGUAUGUAUGCCAAGGUCAUAUAACACUUUAAACAUUCAGCUAUACUCGAUUAUUCUUGCAAGGAUGAACUCCCCCUUAUGUUCAGUGCCAACUGCAAUCUGUAAAGAAGGACAGCACUGCAGAAUGAAUGUGCUCUGCCCUCUCACAUUUGACUGGGCUGACUCUAGAGCACUGUCCUUUGCAGCACUGAGGAAGCUGCCAUGGAGCUAGGUGCCUGCCACUAGCAGGAACACUGCCUUUACUUUGUCAGAGAUGCUGAGUAGACAUAAAGCUCUGACAGUUAUAGUUGAUCCAAAUUUAUCAGGAGACAGCAUGACAGGUUAUCACUUUUGUUUUUUAAGAAUCACCCGUACGGGUCAUUCAGAACAAGAGAAUGUAUGAAGGACUUAAGUCUCCAGCUCGCUGAAUGGCUAUCCUGUGAGUGCAGGGCUGGUUCCAUUGCUCCUCCCCAGCAGACACAUGCCUGGCUCUGCCCUGUGUGUUCAGUGCAGGAGCAGCAGGGAGCCUUGGGGCAGGGAGAAGUGGCUGCAGGAACAGGGACAGCAACUGGCCAGCCAGGCUCCUUCUCACUGGCCAAAUCACUUUGUCGGUGUUAACUUUCAGUAGCUUCUUCUAGUGGUAGUAGUUCAUGUAAGCAGGCUGGAGACCACGUUGAUAUAAAAAGUUGUCAUGAUAACUUUUCUCUCAGUGGCAUAAUUCACUUGAUUUAUAGAAUUCCCAGUAGUGCCCUCUACAGCAUACAUACCAUGUUUCUCAUCCAUCUUUAUGCUGUAACUCAUACUGAUAUAAGAAACGAUUUAUCCUUUUGGCAAAGUGAUCCCACUCAAUACGGUUAUAAUAAAAGACUAAUGUGAAA